CCUCCUCUUCUUCAUCCAAUAUCUAAGCCAUAAUAUCCUUCAUCAACCAGCGCCAAAGUCCAAAACUUGAAACCAAUUACAUUCAAUUGAGCAAGAAAAAAAAAAAAAAAGCAAAGAAAAGGAAAAAUAUCACCAAAUGGCCUCUGUUUCAAUGGCUAUGCCACUGAGUUCUGCAACCCAGAAGAGGGUUCACCAACCAAGCUCCGACUCCUUCAUCAAGCCUUUGCCCCUAAAACCAUCAAAGGCUGUUAUCUCGACAAAGCCAAAGCCCAGCGCCAGGCUUCAAGUGCGGGCAUCCUUCAAAGAGAAGGCAGUGACAGGAUUAACUGCAGCCGCAUUGACAGCUUCUAUGGUUAUACCGGAGGUGGCAGAAGCAGCUGAGUCUGGUGUGUCCCCAUCUCUCAAGAACUUCUUGCUUAGCAUCGUAGCUGGUGGAGUCGUGCUUUUCGCCCUUGUUGGAGCUGUUGUUGGAGUCGCUAACUUUGAUCCUGUCAAGCGAAGCUGAGGACAAUCUGAAAGUUCCCUAGUGAAUUUUCCUGCCCUUUAUCCUCAGAAAUAUUGCUUUUCGUUUAUGGUUUAUGUGAGUAAUGCAAAUGCUGCAGCUAUAUAUAUGGGCAUGAGACAAUUAAAUUUGGAAAUAAACAUCUUUCAUUGCAGCAGGAGAUUA